CGGCGUCAUAGAGUUCAAACCUCAGAGCGCCAUUAGCAGCCCGCUGCUACGCUGCUAACGUCCAGAAACCUGCUUUUAUAUCCAACAUGGACGAGUUCUUUGACAGGCGACUGUCUAUAAAUGGCUCCAACUACAAAAGCUCCCUGGAACGGAUCAUAGACAAGUAUUCAAAGCUUCAGUACCAGGAGGGAGGAGUGGAGGUGGACCUGGACAGCACCAAACCCCGGGCACUUGAACGCUACAUGAAACUGUCCAGAGCAGAGAUCAGCAAGCUGGAAUCAAAGAGCCUGACAGAUUUAAGAGAGGAAUCAAUAAGAGUCCAGGACAUUACAAGAGACUCUCAGUUGGACUUCACGUAUCAGGACGGCGGCGCUGAUGAGACUGAUGUUUCCAGCACCCGGCUGUCUGUGCAGGAUGAAGGGAAUUCUACAGACGACUCCACUCACCUGACUGUGAGCUCGUUGGAUGAGAGUCAGAGGAACGUCUCUGUGACGGAGGUCCAGCCCGAGGACCAAGACGAGGAGCUGGAAAUGAGCCUGCGGAGCCACGGCAGCUCCUUGGUGGAGCUCUACCCCAGCAUGAUCAGCCGGAUAGGGAGGGCGUGGCGGCGGCGGCAUGUCUCCGAGGCGGCCGGCUCGGUGCUGAGGAGGUACCGCAGGUGGCGACAGCAGCCGGGCAGAAGCAACCUCGGCAACACCUUCGUCGUCACGCUGAGACACACCGGAAGAGACCCAGAAAACGAAACCAGCCGGACGCUGUUAGAGGAGAGCAGAAACAGCCCCGGGAAAAGGUCGUUCAUGGGGAAUGACUCUACCCUUCGGUCUCCCCUGAGGAUGCUCCACAAUGCGCAGCAGCAGUCUCCUCGGAGGACACAUAGGGAGCAGCACCAGCCGGUCCUCGUGAUGGACUUCUCUGGUCCCUCCGAGACCUUUAUGCCAAGAGAGAGCUCUCUGAACGAGACCUUCACUGUGUCUGAAGCGUCCCGGCUGGGAGAACAGCCCUCCACGUGCACGUUUAGUCCCUCACGACUUUUCCAGCUGGCUGCAAGAGCCCCCACAGACCCGUCUCUCAGGUCCAGGAGGCUUUCACUCCCCUCACACUCGCUGCAGACUGAUCUCUGCUCCACGUACGCAUCGGAAACGUCCAGAGAGAGACCAGACAUCUACGGCUCCCCAGUGAGGCAGAGUCCCUCACGUGCGAGGAUGCUGUCCGGCCUCAGUAGAUCUCCUCACGGCUUCUCCAGGAGCCCCAAAACAUAUUCUGGGGAAAGCCUUUCCAGAGUGUCUCCGAGGCCCAGGUUAAUCUCCACCCCUCCGCAGAAGCCGGCUGUGCCGCUGAGGAUGCUUCACCCUCAGGACUCUCAUCACCACCUCCACCCGCAGCUGCGUUCACCUCACUCUGCAGCAGCAGAAGGUCGCCAUGGCCUCCGGCGGCACCUUUCCUUUGACUCCUCCUUGCCCUCGUUCCGUGUCUCUUACUCCCCGAAGAAGCUCGACGAGGACUUUCUGAAGCUCUACCACAAGUUUGUGUGCCAGAGCAAAUCCUCUUUCUUCAACGGGCUCCACUGCCGCCUCUGUGCUAGAAGCUCUGACACCAGCAGAGGCCCCUCUUCCUCUUCCUCAUCAUCCUCUUCCCUGGCAGCCCUCGCCUUGUCGCCCCACCGCUCCCUCCUGAGGAAACGCCACAGGGAGCUGGACUGGGACAGCCACCCGCAGUCCAAACGCUACAGGGACGAGAGCUGCCAGUCCUCCCCAGGGUCCAAACGCCACGGGACGGAGAUGCUGAGGCGCUGUCUCUCUCCGUCUGAAUACGGCCUCUCGUACAGCUCCAGGAAACCCAACAUGUUUGAAAGGUUCAACAUGCAGCAGCAGCAGCAGCAGCAGCAGCAGCAGCAGCGCUCAGCAGAUUCACAUCAGGAAACCUGGAUGAGUCGACACAGCCAUGUGUCUGCAGCUGAUUAUUCUGGAAUGGGACGUUCACUUGAGAGCAGAAUGGCCCACGGCUCCUCCCCCAGAAAAUGGUGAAGAGGGAUUCCUUCGGCCUGUCCACUGAAGGAAAACUAAGAAAUGUCAGUGAGAAGUUUCUUCUCUUAUUGGUCAUCGUACUGUGUCAAAUGUGUUUAUCUUUUACUGUGCUGUCAAAACCAUCUAUUUGUUUGAGUGAUUAUGGUUCAUUUCUUUUGUUUUUACUCUUUGUCAUUAUCUAAGUACAUACAGCCUCAUGAUUUAUUUCUUUUAUCUGUUGAUUAUUAUAAUAAAAAAUGUCAAUGUC